AUGUCAUCGGAUCUCAAACAAGGCGAAUUCGUAGGCGCACUCGACUGCGGAACAACCUCCAUCCGCUUCAUCCUCUUCGACUCCUUCGCCAACAUCAUCGUCAGUCAUCAACUCGAAUUCAAACAGUACUACCCACAUCCUGGUUGGCACGAACACGAUCCCAUCGAAAUCGUCAACGUCGCCGAAGCUUGCAUCGUCCAAGCCAUUCGAUCCCUUGAGGAAGACAAAGGGUAUCAUAGGAAUAGCGUAAAAGUGGUCGGGAUCACGAAUCAGAGAGAGACGACCGUCGUUUGGAGUAGGAAGACUGGCAAGCCGCUUUGUAGGGCUAUUGUUUGGACGGAUAAUAGGAAUAAGGGUGAGGUCAGUAGGUAUGAGGACAAGUUGGAGAACGAAGGGAUCGAGAUCGAUGGGAAAGUUUAUAAAGGGGAGGAUGCCGUCGAUGCCCUCGCCAAUCUGACUGGCCUCCAACUUUCGACCUAUUUCAGCGCGAUCAAACUUCAUUGGAUGAUCAAACACUAUCCCGAUGUAGCCGCCGCUCACGAAGCAGAUGACUUGCUCUUCGGGACUAUCGACUCAUGGGUAGUCUAUAAUCUCACUGGGGGAGCCAAUAAUGGAAUUCACAUCAUAGAUUGCACCAACGCCUCCCGAACGCUCCUCAUGUCUCUCCACAACCUCUCCUUUUCCCCUUCUUUACUCAAAUUCUUCUCCCUCCGCCCUUCUAUCCUCCCAACCAUCGUCUCCUCUUCCGAAUUCUACGGCCUCAUCUCUCCAUUCUCUUCGAAUACCCUUCAACAACACCAACGUGUGAAGAUCGCUGGAAUCGUAGGCGAUCAACAGGCUGCUCUUGUGGGGAACAAGUGCUUUAAAGAAGGAGAGGCGAAGAAUACGUAUGGAACCGGUGCUUUUUUGUUGUUUAAUACGGGGACGGAGGUGGUGAGGAGUCGGAAUGGAUUGUUGAGUACUGUGGGUUAUAGGGUUAAAGGCGAGAAACCUUUCUACGCCCUUGAAGGGAGUAUUGGCGUGGCUGGUAGUGCGGUCAAGUGGCUCCGGGAUCAGAUGGGCCUCAUCGGUUCGGCACAAGAGAUCAACAUCCUCGCAGAGAAAGAAAAGACCUCUGGCGGUGUUUAUUUCGUCACUGCUUUUGGAGGCUUACUCGCUCCGUAUUGGGACACGAGCGCUGGAGGGUUGUUGAUCGGUUUGUCGCAGUAUACGAAUCCAUCGCACAUAGCUCGCGCCACGCUGGAAGCCGUUUCGUACCAUACGCGAGCAGUGAUCGAAUCGAUGAAGGCAGAUUCGGGCGUUGAGCUUAAACACCUCAAAGUGGAUGGAGGUAUGACGAAUGGGGAUAUCGUCAUGCAGAUUCAAGCGGAUAUCGGAGGGUUUGAAGUCGUUAGACCUGAGAUGAGAGAGUCUACGGCACUUGGCUCUGCCCUCCUGGCUGGUAGCGCCAUUGGUCUUUUUGGAUGGGACAUUCGUCGUCCCGAAACGUUCGAUAAGGUGAACACCAAGGGAAGCACAACGUUCAAGCCGACGUUGUCUGAGGAGGAACGUGAGAUUGGGUGGAAAGGAUGGCAGAGAGCUGUAGAGAGGAGUAAAGGCUGGGAAGUCUUUGCCGCUGAGGACUGA